ACGUCGCGAAACGCAUUCCAAGUGAAAGUGAAGAAAAACUUGAAGCUCUAAAAUUCACACUGAGCCAAGAACUAUUCAAGAGCACUAUAAACUUUAAAACUCGAACGUGAGAUGGAUACGCUAAGUCCCAACAAUUGCUCCAAAUCGAGCUCCAAGUCCAGUUCCAAUUCCAAUUCCUCGAUGGAUCUGGGCGAGAAGCAGCUGAAGCAGCAGAAGCGCGGCUCGCGUGGCCAGAAACUAUCGCGAUCCCGCAGCCUGCUGCAGCUGCUCAGCAGGCACCUGGGCAGGCACUUUCAGCACCAUCACCAUCAUCAGCAGAACGACACGGUCUACAGCAGCCAGGAUGACAUACGCAGCUCGUCCACGGACUCGUUCAGCUUGAGCGGCUCGCGCAACGAGUGCCUGGAGGUGCUCAACGGUGGCUCCAGUCUCGAUCUGGAGAACACUUCGCGCACAUCCUCGGCCUCGUAUUCGCCGGGCAUGGAGUUCUACGACAACAAUGCGCAUAUCUAUGUGGAGACGGUGUAUCGACCCGGCAGCGCCAUGGAGCAACUGCAUCCCCAUCACUACGACGACAGCAGCAGCAGCGGCGCCGAUGACGACGAGCAUGAGGAUGAGCACGAGCAUGAGCCCCAGCAGCAGCAGCAGGAGCAGCAGCAGCAGCGACAGCGUGAGCAGGAUGAGAAUGAGAACUUGAAUCAGCUGAAGCCACAGCCGCGCUCCGCAUCAUCGGCAUCGACUGGCAACAAGGCUGGGCUGCAUUUGAGUCGCAUCUCCAUCUCCUCGUCGGUUAGCCGCAUGCUGCAGCACUUUUCCACAUCGGCAGCAACAACGGCAACGGCAUCGCUGCGCUCCCUCUCCUGCAGCAGCACGCCGCUCCGGCAGCGCGACGUCUCCUCGCUGAUGCGGGCAAAGAAGCUGCUGACGCCGCACAACAGCCACAACAGUCACAACAGCCACAACAGCCACAGCAGCAGCAGCUGCAGCAGCAACAGCAGCAGCAACAGCAGCAGCAGCAACAGCAGCAGCAGCUCAGCAAAAAAAUCAGCCAAAAAGGACAAGAAACAGCAGAGCAUACUGCGACCUCCAGUGCAGUAUGUCUACAUGAAGGGCAUGUCCGGACUAUACUCCCGCGUGCCCAGCUAUGCCGCCUGCUGCCCCUACACGCUGCAUCACAUGUAUUAGACAGAGCAGCGGCGAAAACGUCAUCGCGCCGAGGACAUUGCCCAGCGCAGUUUCCGGGUGAAGGCCAACAGCAGCGACGGCAGCAACUAAAAGGUGCCAAUGUGGAGUCUGGGUGGGUAGUUAAUAGGGAAAAGUAAAAAGUAAAACGUGAUGUAGUGCCUACA